AUGGCAAGGAUAAUCUACAACCAAUGGAAAAGCACAAAUUGGGCUACUUGCAACAGCUUCUUGAAUGAAGAAAUGAAACCAGUGCGGAAAGAUACAUUGUGGCAACACGAGAAUCUGAAGAAAUACAUUUUGUUCAACAUGACCAACAAUUCUACCGACUCACUAGACGACCUAGUUCGCAUGUCUGUUAAGACUUUUGUUUGGGUAACGCCAGGUGAACUUUUAGGAGCUCCUUUUGAAAAUUCAAGAGAAGAUGACAUCGAACAUCUUCUAGGCCUGUUGCAUUAUUGUUGUUGCAGUGAAUUUCAUUCAAUGGUAUCCCCGAGAAAUAUUGUUGAAAUAAAAGAUAAGUCCCUAAAAUCUACAAAAGAGCUCCAAGAAGCAGGGAUCAAAUUCAAGAAGAUUGAGGGACGGAAUUUGUUCAACAUAAGGUUUGUAAAUGGGACAAUGGAAAUCCCAACUUUAAUAAUUGAUGACGAUACAGAGUUUUUUUUCAGAAAUUUAAUUGCAUACGAGCAACGCCCUCCUCAUACUUCAAGGAAUUAUUUCACUGCUUAUAACAACUUUUUGGAUUGCCUCGUGAACACCUCAAAAGAUGUCGAAAUACUUACUCACCAUCGAAUUAUUCAUAAGGUUUUAGGUGACAAUGAAGUGGUUGCGACUAUGUUAAACAAGCUCGGCAACUAUACCAUACGAUCUGAUGUAGGUUACGAAGACGUUUAUAGCAAAGCGAAUGAGCAUUGCAGGGGAAAUGGGAUGUAUGGUUGGGGAUCUUAA